CCAUCUACAGAUGGCUGUUCGGCCUGUAUCUCUAUACCGUCUCUCCGGGGCGCGGCUACCAGUCUUUAUAAACGAGUACCUUCCCCAUCCUCAUGAAGACCUUGUGCUCAAGCUCUGCUUCCUAUCCUUCUGACGGCCUUAUAUGCUAUGAAGCCUGACAAGAUGCGUUCAAUUGGACUCUUGCUGGCUCUCGUCGGCACUGCGCGUGCAGCAUGUCCUGUCAUGACAGGCGAGCUUCCAGCUUCCUUUGCUAACAACCCUCAUGGCCUUCAACGUCGUGAUGAAGAGAGUGCAUCUGUAGAGACUGAGCAGUUCCUGUCCCAGUUCUACCUCAAUGACAGCAACACCUACAUGACCUCGGACGUUGGAGGUCCCAUCUCCGACCAGACCAGUCUGAAGGCUGGCCAAAGAGGUUCCACCCUGCUUGAGGACUUUAUCUUCCGCCAGAAGAUCCAACACUUCGACCAUGAGCGUGUACCUGAGCGUGCAGUCCAUGCUAGAGGAGCUGGAGCUCAUGGUGUUUUCACCUCGUACGGUAACUUCUCCAACAUCACGGCGGCCUCCUUCCUAUCUGCGGAAGGGAAAGAGACACCUGUAUUCGUGCGAAUCUCUACUGUGGCUGGAAGCCGAGGAAGCGUUGACACAGCCCGUGAUGUACAUGGCUUUGCCACCAGAUUCUACACGGAUGAGGGAAACUUUGACAUCGUAGGAAACAAUAUCCCCAUCUUCUUCAUCCAGGACGCGAUUCUCUUUCCCGACCUCAUCCAUGCGAUCAAGCCCAACCCGAGCAAUGAGAUCCCGCAGGCAGCUACUGCUCAUGAUACCGCUUGGGAUUUCUUCAGCCAGCAGCCCAGCUCUCUGCACUGUUUGUUCUGGGCUAUGGCUGGACAUGGAAUUCCCCGUUCACUCAGAACUGUCGACGGCUUUGGUAUUCACACCUUCCGUUUCGUCACCGACUCCGGUGCUACCAAGCUCGUCAAGUUCCACUGGACUUCGCUCCAGGGCAGAGCCAGUUUGGUGUGGGAGGAAGCGCAAGCCACAGCAGGCAAGAACGCCGACUACCUCCGUCAGGAUCUUUAUGAAGCAAUCGAGGCUGGGAGAUACCCCGAGUGGGAGUUGGGCGUCCAAAUCAUGGACGAAGAUGACGCGUUGCGUUUCGGAUUCGAUCUCCUUGAUCCUACGAAGCUUGUUCCUGAGGAAUAUGUGCCCAUCACGAAACUUGGCAAGAUGCAGCUCAACCGCAACCCACUCAACUACUUUGCUGAGACUGAACAGAUCAUGUUCCAACCUGGUCACAUCGUCCGGGGUAUUGAUUUCACCGAAGACCCUCUGCUGCAGGGACGUAUAUUCUCAUACCUCGACACGCAGCUGAACCGCCAUGGAGGUCCCAACUUUGAACAGCUCCCGAUCAACCGACCUCGCGUGCCAAUUCACAAUAACAACCGCGACGGUGCUGCUCAAAACUUUAUCCCUCUGAACCCCGCUCCUUACAGCCCUAAUACUGUCAACAACGGCUACCCGCUGCAAGCCAACCAGACCGCUGGAAGAGGUUUCUUCACUGCUCCCGACCGCACUGCUAGUGGAAGACUUGUUCGAACUGUCAGUGAUACUUUCGCGGAUGUCUGGUCCCAGCCCCGUCUGUUCUUCAACUCCCUGGUGCCAGCGGAGCAGCAGUUCCUGAUCAAUGCAAUCCGCUUCGAGACGUCCAAUGUCAAGAGCGACGUCGUGAAGAAGAAUGUCAUCAUCCAGCUCAACCGUGUCAGCCACGAUCUGGCCAAGAGAGUCGCCGAAGCCAUUGGCGUCGAAGUUCCACAGCCUGACCCAACAUACUAUCACAACAACAAGACCGCCAACGUGGGCAGCUUCGGUACUCCCCUCAAGAGAAUCGACAACUUCAAGGUCGGUCUCCUGGCUACGGUCAACAAGCCAGAGUCUAUCUCUCAGACCUCCAGCCUGAAGGACGGCUUGGCCUCCGACGGCGUCGACCUCAUAGUCGUUGCUGAGCGAUUCACCGACGGCGUCGACCAGACUUACUCCGCUAGCGACGCUACCAACUUCGACGCCAUCAUUGUCGCCAACGGCGCUGAGGGUCUGUUCUCUCCCAAGAGUUUCACUGGUGCGACGACCAACUACUCCACCUCCACCCUCUACCCUGCGGGAAGACCGCUCGAGAUCCUGGUCGACGGCUUCCGCUUCGGCAAACCAAUCGGCGCUCUGGGUAGUGGCUCUGCUGCUCUCAAGUCAGCCGCUAUUGAUACUUCCCGGGCUGGCGUUUACGUCGCCAACUCGAGCAGUACUGACUUCGUUAACAACGUCAAGGAUGGUCUUCGCACGUUCAAGUUUCUUGACCGGUUUGCGCUCGAUAAAGAAGCGUGAGUGAGUGGACGAAAAUAAGAAAUAAAAUAAACUUUCCCCUAUCCCAUAUUACUCUCUACAACAAUAAUGGUUGAAUAAUGUCUAGAUAGGUAGUAAAGAGAUAGAAGUACACAUUUUGAAGGCCUCUUGGCCACUCAUUAUGAUUUUGUUUAUCUUUACAUCGAACGCUUCGUCCAAGCGAGUGGUAAUUUGUUUUCUUGAAGGGACAGACAGGGUUAGGUAACCCCCGCUUGCAGUAAAACGACG